AUGCCCGACGACAGCGGUAAUUGCGAGCAAUACCUUCGGGGUACGAAAAUCGGCAAGGAUUUGGAAAAGCGCAUGAAAACUGGUAAAAUUGGCGAGGAUCGCGUGAAGAAUUUCGAGAUAAAAGAGACGAAAAAACUCCAGUGCAUCGACGAGGCCCACACGAAAUUGUACGACCUGACGAUCAAAGAGGCCGACCGCUACGCUUACAAAUUUACCAAGUUUCUCGAAAACGGAACGCCACCAGCUUGCCCGAAUCUGAAACAAAGAGUGGUCGCGUGCCUGAUAAAUAACAGUGACGACACGCUCAAGUGUAGCGAAGACGUAGCGGCUUUCGCCAACUGCGUGGACGACAUGAUGCUGGCCUACGCCCAUCACAACGACGUAUGCUCGAGCACCGCAAACUCCAAGAAACUCUCCUACACCGAAAAGUUCGAGCAAUCAAAGUGCUCGUGA